AUGGCUCUCAAGGUCUUAAUAACUGGUGUAACCGGCUACAUCGGCGGUUCCGUCCUCUCCACUCUCCUCGACUCACCCCAACUCUCCAAGCCCGAAAUCUCAAUCUCCGUUCUCCUUCGAGGGGAAGAAAAAGCAAAGUUGUAUGAAGCGAAGGGUCUGAAGGCCUUACUCUUUAACAGCUUGGACGAGACAGAUCUGCUGAGAGAAGUUGCCAGUCAACAUGAUAUUGUGAUUCACACUGCAUCCGGAUUCCACACCUCGUCCGCCAUCGCGCUAAUUCAGGGGCUUGCAGACCGCGCCCAAGAGACGGAAAACACGGUGCAUUACAUUCAUACAUCAGGGACCUCUAACCUCGCUGACCAGCCCAUUACCGGUGCAUACCAGGAAGCGGAACCUCGAGUCUUCUCAGAUAAGGAGAAUAUUUAUGCUUAUGAGAAAGCUCGAGAAUCACUACAAGUAUACGCACAGCGCACAACAGACAUCGCGGUCGUGGAGACGGGUCUCGCUCACGGAGUAAAGACAACGAUUAUCAUGAGUCCUACGAUCUAUGGCGUGGGCACGGGAUUGGGGAAUCGGCUGUCGAUUCAAGUUCCGACGAUCAUGAAGGCGAGUUUGAAGAGUGGCGAGGUGGAUGUUGUGGGUGAAGGGAAGGCAGAGUGGGAUUUCGUUCAUAUUGCGGACCUAGCCAACCUCUACAAGCUUGUGCUACAUAGAGUCGUGAAGGGGGAAGAGGUGCCGAGUGGCGAGAGGGGAAUUCUUUUCUCCGGCACGGGGAGGUACAGCUGGAUGGAGCUGUCGCGAGGGAUUGCGAGCGCGCUAUUUAAUCUAGGUGCUAUACGGACAGAUGUCGUGAAUAGGGUUGAUAUCAUUGAAGCGGCGAGGAAAUGGGGUAAGUUGGGAGGCGGCGAGGUGUUGUUCGUGGAGUUGGGGUUUGCUUCGAACUCUCGCACUGACUUUGAGAUUAGCAGAGAGCUUGGUUGGCAGCCUCAGAAGACGGAGGAGGAUUUCAAGAUUCACUUCUUGGAAGAGGCGGGCCUGAUUGUGGCUGCAGCGCGAAGCGUUGAUUCCGCUUGA